AUGGGGCAGCCGCAGGAGUCCCUGCCACUCCGCAGCCUCGUGAAGGGCUUGGAACAAGUGCCCAUCACCUGCUGCUGCGGCAAGUGUGCCCGGCGUCUGCCACCUCUGUCUUGUGACCGAGGAAUUUGCUCCGACCCGGGGAUCGGCUCUAAUGGGAGAUCUUCACGGGGUUUCCAGGUGGCCAUCAAACACGUGGAGAAGGACCGGAUCUCCGACUGGGGGGAGCUGCCCAAUGGCACCCGCGUGCCCAUGGAGGUGGUCCUGCUGAAGAAGGUGAGCUCGGGCUUCCCCGGCGUCAUCCGGCUCCUGGACUGGUUCGAGAGACCCAACAGUUUCGUCCUGAUCCUGGAGAGACCCGAGCCCGUGCAAGAUCUCUUCGACUUCAUCACCGAGAGGGGGGCCCUGCACGAAGAGCUGGCCCGCAGCUUCUUCUGGCAGGUGCUGGAGGCCGUGCGACACUGCCACAACUGCGGGGUGCUCCACCGGGACAUCAAGGACGAGAACAUCCUCAUCGACCUCAAUCGCGGCGAGCUCAAGCUCAUCGACUUCGGAUCGGGGGCGCUGCUCAAGGACACGGUCUACACGGACUUCGAUGGGACCCGUGUGUAUAGUCCUCCAGAGUGGAUCCGCUACCAUCGCUACCACGGCAGGUCGGCAGCAGUCUGGUCCCUGGGGAUCCUGCUGUACGACAUGGUGUGCGGGGAUAUUCCUUUCGAGCAUGAUGAGGAGAUCGUCAGGGGACAAGUAUUCUUCAGGCAGAGGGUCUCUUCAGAAUGUCAGCAUCUCAUUAGAUGGUGCUUGGCCCUGAGACCAUCAGAUCGUCCAUCCUUCGAAGAAAUCCAGAACCAUCCGUGGAUGCAAGAUGUCCUCCUGCCCCAGGAAACUGCUGAGAUUCAUCUCCACAGCCUGUCUCCGGGGACCAGCAAAUAGCAGCCUUUCUGGCAGGUCUUUCCCUCCCGGUCAGAUGCUCCAAGGAGGGGAAGCUUCUGUCCCAAUGACCAGUGACACUUCCCGCCAAGCAGGACAGUGCUUGAUACAGGAACAACAUUUACAACUCAUUCCAGACCCCAGGCCCCUGGAGGCGGCCUCCCAGGAGGGGGGAUGAGACUCCAGGCGUCCUAGGCCUCAACUCCUCCCGUAGAUGUUCUCUCCUUCUCAUGGGUGCCCAGCUCGGCUGGGCUUUUGCAAGAUCCCGGGGGUGGGGGGUGGGGGUGGGGUCUGUCCCCUUCAUCACGAGCUCUGCCGCGAUGGGUCGAGUAGGGGGAACCGGACUGGGGUGGGAUAAGACUUAUCACCAUUUCAAGUCCCUGUCACCUCUUCUGAGUGCCUUCGUGUAGGGACUCCGGCUGUGCUGGGAGAAAUACUUGAACUUGCCUCUUUUACCUGCUGCUUCUCCAAAAAUCUGCCUGGGUUUGGUUCCCUAAUCUUCGCUCCUGUGCCCUUCACUCUCUUCCCUCCUCUCUCCCCCUCCCCCCCAAUGAAAGGUGCCAUGGAAGAGGCUAGAGGGCCAAUUGCUGAGCCACCUGCCCUUUUUCUGCCUCCUUUAGUAAAACUCCCCAGUGAACUGGUCUUCCUUUUUGGUUUUUACUUAACUGUUUCCAAGCCAAGACCUCACACACACCAAAUGCAGAAGCAAUGCAACACAACAGACCAGCUGUAAAUGUGUGUAUAGUUGGCAUGCUAGUAUACAAAAGGAUUGUAGUUGAUCUAAUUUUUUUUUUAAAUUUUGCCUUUAAGUUAUUUUACCAGUCUCUUUUUUUUUUUUUUUUUGGAAAGAUGCGCAUUCUAACCUGGAGGUCAAUGUUAAUGUAUUUAUUUAUUUAUUUAUUUGGUUCCCUUCUUGCUCCAUGUUCUCCACGGCUCCUGCCUUAGGGUUUUUUUUUUGUGUGUGUUGCUGUUGUUUGGUUUUUUUUUCUUCUUUCUUUCCUCCUCUGACUAUGGGACCUUUUGGGGAGGGUUGCAUCGCUUGCUCUGUUUGUGGGGGUGACGGGACUCAGGCGGGACAGCUGCUACAGCUCCCUGACUUUGUGGGGCCCCCUCUCCUACUUACCCAAGUGUGUGUGGGCUCCGUGGGUUCGGGAGGCGGGGCAUUGCUGACUUGUGUAUAUAGGAUAAAUAUAUGAAAAGCAGUUCUGGAUGGUGUGCCUUCCAGAUCCUCUCUGGGGCUGUGUUUGAGCAGCGUGUAGCCUGCUGGUUUAUCUGAGUGAAAUACUGUACAGGGGAAUUCAAGAGAUCUUAUUUUUUUUUUUUUAUACCUGGCGUUUUUUGAAUAAAAAUCUUUUGUCUUAA